GUGGUCAGCCGUCACGUAGGAAGGACGUGGUGGUGUGUCCCGCUUGCUUCGCCGCGCUUCACCUCGCCGCGCUUCACCUCUUCCCGCUUCGGAUCGUCUCGUCUCGGAAGAAGCAUAUACGCCUGCAUGGACGCCUCAUGUACGUGCAGCUCUUCUCAAGAGAAGCCAACAAACGCGAAAUGAUUUAUAUUGGACUGGCUACCGGUGGGUGCGGGUCAAUAACUCGUUCGUCCGAGUAAAAUAUUGCAUUUUUCCUUUUAACAACUAAUAACAGUUCAUUAUAAACUAUCUCGGUAUCCUGACCAGGCGGUAGCAACUAUAGCAGAUGAACGUGAAUCGAGUAGCACAAGUAUUUUCCAACUUUAGAGAAUAUAUUCCAAGCUACUCCGUAUUCGCCUAACGGUAUCUUCCCGGACAUCGAAAAUUGCAUUCCACUGUAACUUUGAGGAAUACCGCGCGUGCGAUUGCUUUCUUCGACCCCGCGAGUUGAUCCGUCAGAAACGUUAAUUAUCGUCUGACCGAGACGGCGAAGAAGUACCCUGAACGAAAUCCGACUUCAUUACUAGCGAGUCUACAUCAGUUGUAGAGACAUAGCAGCAUCUCUUUUUUUACAAUUACAAGAGAAUGCGAGGAACGCUUUGACACGAUCAACCUCCACUCAAUUAUCGUCAUGGUGCACCGUCGUCGUGGAAUGUCGUAAAAGCCAAAGUCCGAAUCCCGUGGGAAACGACGUACGUCACGAAUAUAAUUCGAUCGGGAGUAAGAACUCGAGAACCCGGACGAUGACUUCCAUGUGUGGCAGCGGAAAGAGUCACGCCGUGAUGAAUGCCGGCGGCUAUUACAGGCCUGGCCCUUACGCUUAUCAAAGAGACUAUUAUUUAACGCCAAGAUCCACUUGGCCCAGGGUAUCAGCAGCAGGAAGAAAUGGUAAUACUACAUGGAGGUUUGGCAGUGCCAUGUUAAUUAUGUCAGCUAUGUUAGUGUUGAUCGCAGUUCUGGCAAUUGCUGGAUUAGCUCUAUGGAUGGGUGCUUUCCGAACAGAUUCUAAAAAUGCUAUCGUCGGAUUUUCAUGUAGCUUCAGAAUAGCAAGAGGCGAAAGGUAUAAUCCCAUGUUAAAACUGAACACGAGCAUGGUCUUCCGAGAAAAGGAACGAAAAUUCAAAAAUAUUUUCGAGCUUCUGUUUAGGAGAAGCGUGCUCGGUUUAUCCUACAAGCAAACCAUGAUAGACAGGUUUGAGAAUGGGACUUUGAAAGUUUUCUUCAGACUAUAUCUCGACCGAAGGAAGAUACCACGUUCGAUCGUAAAUAUUGAGGACACCAUCCAGGACAUUAUUGUUAAGGAAACAUACUCAAUUACAUCUUUGUUCAAAGAUAUGGAGCUGGAUCUCACGUCCAUAUCAGUGAAAAGAAUAAAUCAGGAAAGUAUCGUAAAUCAAAAACAAGGACAGCAGAAACAUACUAUGAUUACUAAAAACGGCUUAUUACGACCAAAUAGAAAUAGCAGUUUGAUUAUGAGUUCGAAGCAAAAAACGAAACCAAUCAGGACCGAAUCCAGCGAGCCCAAUAUAGACUUCAACAACAUCCCGACCAUCCAGGGUACCUACAGAGCAACGAAAGUCAAUAUUACCGCAGAUAAUUCAACGAGAGGAAUAUCCGAGUCGACGAUAGAUAGCAAAGGACUAGCCACUACUAGGAGAACGCCGUUGCACAAGCACACCACGACGUCACAGAAAGUAUUCAACCACGUGGAAUCUUCGUCGACGGACGAACCUUCGACAUUUUUCAUGAGAUCCACGGUAGCUACGCUCAGCGACAAUAAAUCGAACGAAAAGCAGAAGAACGAAGUGAAAACGACGUCUCCGAGGACCACAACUGUUCGAGCCGAAUUGGACAUCUUCAAAGAUUUCCGCAAUCCAGCUUUCGAGAAUAACUCACCGUGGAAACCGAUCGUGCCGGGGUAUGUGAACACGGAGUUAAAGUUGCUACCUAAUGAAGACGACGUCAAAGAAAUCAGUCACACGGAAUCGACCACGCGGAGAGUCGUUCCAACGACGAGCGAUUCCCGCGAUAACGCAAGAGCGCCCGGUGCCGGGACUAACACGACGUCGACGGUGCCAAAGUUACCAUUAGGUUCCGUCAACUUUGGCGACGUCGCCGAAAUAAAUACCUUCGACACGGACAACACCGAUUUUCCGCGAGACAGAAUCGUCCCAGGUCUGACGGCAUCCAAACCGAGCGAUAGUGGGAAGCUGGACAUCGAAGUAGCCGGACAGCUGCCUUCGGAAACGUACAGCGUCAAACUGAAAGCCUCGUCGUACGACGAUAGAGUGACCUCCAGCUCGGAGAACUCGAUGAUUCGCGGAGUCUCCGAAAAUAUCCCGACAAAAGAAGAAAGCGAUGCCUCUCAAGAGAAGCGUGGAGACUCGAACGGUACUCGAAAAACGGAGGCGAAGCUCGACUCGGCAUCGACGACGGAGCCUGACGACCCGUUCGGAUCGCGCGGUGACGAGAAAACGAACGACUCGUUCACGAGCGGUAUUGGCGUGGCGGAACCUGUACUGGACACGGAAGUCGAACUGGAAGCGAAAACUCGAUACAGAGGAAGCGGCAUACUGGCGCUGACCGCGCACACGGACGAGGACGCGUUGCGGAACAGGAGAAUUAACGUUAAUCAACAACCGGUUUACACGAGUUACAAUACUCCCGAUCUGAACGGCGUUAGCCUCGGGUCCAGCUUGAUCGAGAACCCGGCAACCACGAAACCCUUCAGACACACGAUACCCGUCGAUAAAAUCACGUCCGUCGUAAAUUACAGCCUCAACGUUCCUCUUGAUCACUUGGACGCUCUGUCUCUCUCGGACGACACGGUCAUCGACGCAAAAUUGUCCCAAGAUAAAAUUCCGACGUCAUCAUCGCCACCAAAGAGAAUCGUCGAAGUGGAAACCGCCGUUACGGAGCACGACAGUGCGACGGGCCAGCUGCCAAGUUACGGACGAAUUACGUCGACGGAGCCGAGCAUCGUGCGUAUCGUAAAGGACGACAAUAAAUUGCCGUACCCCAGCACCACUGAAGAGAGUUACUCGGAGUCAAAGCUGAUCGCCAAAGAUUCGAGCAGCAAGAGAGGCGUGUCGAGGAAUUCAACCUUCGUCGAAAUCGAUAUCGUCAAGCACACGCCCGGCGAGUCGGAGGAAAACUGGGAGUCACACGCGGACGAGGCGACGGCCGACGACGACGAGCUGCAAAACAAAAAGGUCUAUAACGAAACUCUAAAAGCCUACGUGGUGGAAAAUCUCGUGACGUUGGCGCCGGUCAAGAGCAACACGGGGAUCGGCAGGCCGGUGCGACCGAGACCGAAGAUCGACUUCCCCGACGCGACUCUUUUGGAGCAGUUGUUCGGAGUGCGCGAUUACACGCACGACCGAGACACGGCCAACACCGAAUUCAUCUCUGAAUCGUCCUCCUCCUCGCACGAGAGCCAGGACUCCACGAAGGCCGACUCCGGAAGGGAAACUUUGAAUCGUACGAGCACUAUAGUGGAACAGAUAGUCGAAGUUGUGACCUCUAUCAGUACCAGAGUGUCGUCCAACAUUAAAAACGAUCCAGUCAUCCUGAAAUUCAUCGUCACCAAUUCUACUAAUCCUCAUUCAGAGGAGACUUCGACGUCGGACGACGAAGCGGAUAAGUCACUCGAAUCGGAUGUCGACACAACGGAAAGGAUAUUCUCGCUGACCGUUGAAAAACGACCGUUUUCGUCAGCGGCGAAUUUAAGAACGAUGCAGACGUCGGACAGGAAAAUGUCGCUCGAAGAGAACAGAGUUCUGCUGGAGAAGCUCAAGGAGCUCGCGCAAGUCAAAACGAAUGACGAUUCCGUGCAAAUCAUUAGGAACGACUCAAACUUGAGCGAGAUGUUGCGACUUCAAGCGUCGUCGUUGAAUAUCGACGAGCUGAAGAAAAUCGCCGACGUCGUGACGGGAAACGAGACUCUAAAGAACGCGAGCUCGGGAUUCAUGUUGAAUCGCGACGGGGUGAAAAUAUUUACGAAGAUACUAAAUAAGGAAGAGGACCGAGAAAAUAACGCAGACGAGAUACGUACAGUGUCAGCGAUCCGAAAAAUCAGCGAAACUAAUGAUAGCUGCAUUGGUUUCCUGUGCGGAGACGGAAAAUGCUUGGACACUAGCGCGAUUUGUAACAUGCUUGUAGAAUGUCCGGGCGCGGAGGACGAGGCUAACUGCACGUGCGCUGAUUUCCUCAAGACACAGUUGUUAUCUCAAAAAAUCUGUGACGGUAUCACCGAUUGUUGGGAUUAUUCGGACGAGAACAAUUGCGACUGGUGCGAGAAAGGUCAAUUCGUAUGCGGUAACAGCAAAUUCUGCGUUGAUACAAAUAAGGUGUGCAACGGUUUUAGCGAUUGUCCCGGCGGCGAAGAUGAAAAGAAAUGCACCGCUCUGAUAGACGACGAGUCAAAGGAAGACAUAACUGGAUCGCGGAUUAACAUCGUCCCGACGGAAAAUCUAUCGAAAAAUCAUUCCGAGACAGUCAAAGAGCCUUAUCAUCUCGAUCAAGCGAUCGAGUCUUCUAUCGUGGACACAACUACUCUAUAUAUUCCGCCUGAUGGUUUCCAAGGUUCUGAGAGAUUAAUAAACGACAGGAACGACUUAUCUCCGAAGUUAAUUGAUCAAUCGGCUCGAAAUAGAAAUGCUGAGGGGAGCAAAGACGUGGUUGCAGUUUCCAGUAGAGAAACAUCUUUGAACGUUUUGAGGAACGGUUUGACCCCGGGGAAUAAUUUGCGUGCCAAAAGUAACAGAACUUUUCCAGUAGCAAAGGCUUAUAACAAGGAGAUCGAUAAUUAUAACAACAGGGGAUACCUCGGCAUACGAAAAAAUGGCGUAUGGGGAAAGCUUUGUUUAGUCGACAGCCGCGUUACGUGGUCCAUUGAGGAUCUUGCUAAGGCCGCGUGCAAGGCUAUCACGUAUCAAGAUUACGAAACGGUGGAAAAAGUGCUGGAUCAAAACCCGCCUCCGAAUCAAUUUUACUACGCUUUAUCGUACAACGAUAGAUCAGAUAGAACAGCUUUGUCUUUCAAAUCGUCCCAGUGCCCGAGCGGCGAGGUUCUCAAAGUGAAAUGCAAAAAUUUCGAAUGCGGAAUAAGAACUCAGGUGGCAUCGACUGCGAGGAUUGUUGGCGGUGCCAGUAGCUCCAUGGGCAACUGGCCUUGGCAAAUAGCUCUGUACAAGGAUGGCAAUUAUCAAUGCGGAGGUGCUCUAAUUAACGAAAGAUGGGUCGUAUCAGCUGGGCACUGCUUCUACCGCGCUCAGGAUAGCUAUUGGGUCGCGAGAAUCGGCGCGACUCGUAGAGGAAGUUUCCGAAGUCCGCACGAGCAGCUCUUACGGGUGGAUUACAUAUCGCUGCAUCCGGAUUACGUCGACAACGUGUUCGUCAAUGACAUAGCUGUAAUAAGACUCGAACGAGCGGUCAGCUUCAGCGAUUACAUUCGACCGGUGUGUCUCCCGAAAGCACCGGUCCCCAGCGGAACCGUCUGCGUCGUAACUGGUUGGGGACAAAUAUACGAAGUCGGCAGGGUGUUUCCUGACACUUUGCAAGAAGUAUCAAUUCCGGUGAUGUCGACGGAAGAUUGUCGACGGAAGACUCUGUUCUUGCCGCUGUACAGGAUUACAUCUGGCAUGCUAUGCGCAGGAUUGGAGAACGGUGGCAAAGACGCCUGUCUCGGGGACAGCGGUGGCCCUUUGGUAUGCUUGUCUCCCUUCGAAAAUCGUUAUGUACUACAAGGAAUUACAUCAAAUGGCUACGGAUGUGGAAGACGAGAACGACCGGGCGUCUAUACAAAAAUUUACUCUUACAUGUCAUUUAUCGAUUACGUCAUCGCGCAGAAAGACAUCAAACCUUCCGCGGUGGAGUUCUGCAAGGGUCACAGAUGCCCCCUCGGAGAGUGUUUACCCAAAUCACGCGUCUGCAACGGAUUUCUGGAAUGCUCCGACGGCAGCGACGAACGAGAUUGUUCCGCAGUCUCGCGAUAAUACAAGACUGAUAUGUCGAUAUGAUAAUAAUGUAUAAAUGCGAUUUAUGUAAGUUAGCACGUCCGAUGAAUAGAUGUAGUUUCAUCGAUGGAAUCGCUCACGCGAUUGUAUAUAAGUUGUAUGUACGUAAAGAUACGUCGCAUCAACGUCUUAUUAAUCUCUUCAAAGACAAUACAUGUAAGUGUAUUUUUGCAAGUCACGUCACGCGCAAACAAUAUUUUAUAGUACCUUAUAGUAAUUAUCUUCCUACAUACAAAAAUGUGGUAGUAUCAAUCUGGAGACAAUGCGAGUUCGGCAGUAACUCGCGCAAAUGCAAUGUCUACAAAGUGCAGUUAGCAAUUGAAAUUUGCUUGAAAAGAAUGGAUCGUAAACAGGGGCUGUAUGGUUCAAGACGUAAAAGCGAAUUACAAAAGGAGAUGUGAUAGAACAUUCCACGUUCUUUUUAUAUUGUUAGAGGACUAUUUUGUUGAUCGCGGAUCAUGUAUUUAUAGCGUAGAAAUAGAAUUAAAGUACAGUAAGCAGCAAAACUCGACUAGAGACUGUUGCGGAAAAAACUUUAGAUUCUAUAAUUAUACCUUCAAGAGAAGGAUUCUUUUACUUGUAGACUAAUUGUAUAUAUACAUAUCAAGAAAAAAUAGAAUGAAACUUUGCGAUUAUUUAUUUAGAACGAAUCUUUGCGAAUCUCUCAAUGUAUCGUGUCUAUUAAUGGUCAGUUACUUGUAGUUUCUAUGUAAACAAUCAUCUUCAUGCAGAAUUAGAAUUAACUUGACUCGAAAUUUAUAUUAAUUAUGCUUUUAGGCCAAAUACUUUAAGUUACGCUAUUGGCAAGAUUUGAUCAAAUAAAAAGAGUCUAGUCUAUAAUGUAAAAAGACACGACUUAUCUUCAAUGUACAUAUUACGAAAUUAUUAUGAAAUUUACAAUUAAUGUAAAAUUCACAAGAAAAAAAGAUGGCAGCAAAUAUAUUCUUUUUGUAAAAUUCAUAUUCCUUUCAUUGUAUCCAAUUUUUAGUUUGGACAAUUAGAAGGUGAUUAUUGUGUAAUGAUACAAGGAAUGAUGUACAACUCUUCACUUUAUUAGAUUUAUUAGUCAGAUUCAUCACCAAAAAAUUAUAUCCACGAAAGAUAGUAAAUAUAUCGUACAUACUCAUAUUUAAAUAAAAGCUUUUGUAAAUAAUUUCACGAUACAGUUAUUACAUUAAAAAUAAAUGAAAUAAUUAUGUAUUUUAUUACAAAUUGUGCGAUACGGACAAAUGAACAGUAAAGUUAAUGUCGCUGUUGUUUCAUAACAAAUGUCCUUUAAUACUUCACUUAAGUAAGCUUACUCAAGUAACAUUAGUAUUAGCGUGCUCUCGUUAAAUGUCUCACACUGUUAUAGACUUCUACUUCCAGUUCUCGAUUAUUGAUAUCCCAUUUGUAAAUACAUAUCGUAUAAUACUGAACUCGAUAGAGUGAAAGUUAAGAGGCAAAGCAUAUCGAACUAUUGAUGAUGGCAUCCGACACCAUUUAGGAGUAAUGCUCAGAGG